AUUUCUCCCAUCUAAUCUCCCCUUAUGCCUUAUUCGAGUGUCGUCACUGCUCUCCGACCAUGCACUGUCCCUUCAGACUCUCAUUUCCCAACUAAGUCAGUCAGAAGAGGCUGAGUGUCCAUUAGGACGUACUCUAAGACCGCAAACCACCUUGUUCCAUGUGAAAAGACGGAACAGAGAGUGAAGAGAGCAAGGGGAACCCUUCAAGUUUAGCUGGCAACCUUCUCACCUACUGGAUUACUGGCCAGACACAAACAAGAAGGGCUAUGAGUGGUCCGGGAGAUUGCUCUAGUUAAUUGGCAACAGGGAGCUGGUUGGGAGGAGGAGAACCCAGGAGGAGGGAGAACUGGGCAUUUCAGUGCACUGCAGGAUGGCAUCGCCUCUGCCCUGGCUCUACAUUAUUCUAUGGCCAGGAGUGAGGGUCAUGGACUGUCUACUCACAGGGCAGAAAAUGCCCUAGGGAAACUUGAAGAUGAAGGAAACGUCUACUCCAGAAACAUCAGUCGGAUCCUGGACAACUUGCUUGAAGGCUAUGACAAUCGGCUGCGGCCGGGAUUUGGAGGUGCUGUCACUGAAGUCAAAACAGACAUUUACGUAACAAGUUUUGGGCCCGUGUCAGAUGUGGAGAUGGAGUAUACAAUGGACGUUUUCUUCCGCCAGACUUGGACCGAUGAGAGGUUGAAGUUUGGGGGGCCAGCGGAGAUUUUGAGUUUGAAUAACCUGAUGGUCAGUAAAAUCUGGACACCUGACACUUUUUUCAGGAAUGGCAAAAAAUCAAUUGCUCACAAUAUGACAACUCCUAACAAACUCUUCAGAAUAAUGCAGAAUGGAACAAUUCUAUACACCAUGAGGCUUACCAUCAACGCUGACUGUCCUAUGAGGCUGGUUAACUUUCCUAUGGAUGGGCAUGCUUGUCCACUCAAGUUUGGGAGUUAUGCUUACCCCAAAAGUGAAAUCAUAUAUACAUGGAAAAAAGGACCACUUUACUCAGUGGAAGUCCCAGAAGAAUCUUCAAGCCUCCUUCAGUAUGAUCUGAUUGGACAAACAGUAUCUAGUGAGACAAUUAAAUCUAACACAGGUGAAUACGUAAUAAUGACAGUUUAUUUCCACUUGCAAAGGAAGAUGGGCUAUUUUAUGAUACAGAUCUAUACUCCUUGCAUUAUGACGGUCAUUCUUUCCCAGGUGUCUUUCUGGAUUAACAAGGAGUCUGUUCCGGCCAGAACUGUCUUUGGGAUCACCACUGUCUUAACCAUGACCACUUUAAGCAUCAGUGCCAGGCACUCCUUGCCAAAAGUGUCCUAUGCGACCGCCAUGGAUUGGUUUAUAGCUGUUUGCUUUGCUUUCGUCUUCUCUGCUCUUAUUGAGUUUGCAGCUGUCAACUACUUUACCAAUCUUCAGACACAGAAGGCCAAAAGGAAGGCACAGAUUGCAGCCUCACCCCCAGUGACAAUAGCAAAAGCAACUGAACCCUUGGAAGCUGAGAUUGUUUUGCAUUCUGAUUCCAAGUACCAUCUGAAGAAAAGAAUCACCUCUCUGACAUUGCCAAUAGUUCCAUCCCCCAAGGCCAGCACAGUCCUCACAAGAGCUCCCAUCUUACCGUCAACACCUGUCACACCCCCACCUCUCUCUCCUACCUUUGGGGGUACCAGUAAAAUAGACCAGUAUUCUCGGAUUCUUUUCCCAGUUGCAUUUGCAGGAUUCAACCUUGUAUACUGGAUAGUUUAUCUUUCCAAAGACACGAUGGAAGUGAGCAGCAGUGUUGAAUAGCUUGCAGCCAUAAUAACCUGCAUUCUGUAAGUUCUCAUUUUCUGAAUGUUUAAAAAUAGCAAUGAGACUUGUAUAGAUGCUUUUCUGAACAUGAAAUCAAAAUUGAAAAUCUCUAACACAUAGCUUUGAGUAAGCAUGUAUGGGCAAAAAAAGCAAUAAUGUUACUCCUCAAAAUUGGAAGGUGAAGGUUGCUGAAAAAUAUGACUUUUCUGCACAUUAGAGAAAAUUUUAUAAAAGGAUAAAAUGGAUUCAAGAUGAAUUUGCCAAUCUUUGUCCUUCAUUGUUCAAUAUUUUAAUUGUCACUGAGAAUAUCAUUUACCACAAAGCAAAUAAAAAUAAGAAAUGCUGCCACUUCCAAAGGCUGCCUUAAAAUGUUUAUUUUGGCUUAGUUCUCAAGAGAACAAAAUAUAAAUAGUCUAAAUAUUUAUCAGUAGGUUAAUACCAGCAUGUUGGAGGCCUUUAUGCUAGUAAAAUGGCUUUCAGUGACAUUGUAAAGCCUGUAUUGAGCUUAGCCAUUUGUUUUUAACCUUGCUGUGCUAUUUUAUCUCAAUAAAAUAUGGUGUUUGUAUACAUAUGAAUUAUACAUAGAUCACAAAUUAUACAUGCAUUUGUACAUAGCUUUAGUUGGACUGCAGUACAGUGUUGUUUUAUCUCAUUAAGCUCUCCUUUUAAAAUAAUAUGCUCAUUCAUAAUUCCAUGAAGUGUAGAAGGCUUGUAUAUUAUGACUGUUCUUAUAUCUCUUAUUCUUUACCUUUCUAAGUGUAUCACUAAACAAAACAACAAUAAACAUGCUUCUCUGGGUCUGUUUAAUAAAGCUCAGAAGUUUC